AUGAAUGACGGUACACUCGUCAUUCGUGGAGAGAAGGUUCCGUCGCGAAAUGUAGGCGGUGUUGGUUUCGUUGUGCACCCAUUUGUCGUCCAUCUCGUCGAUUCUCACGAGAUCCUGUCACCUCGUCUGGCCAUUCUUCUCCUCCGCCCUCUGCGCCAAAAAUCCAUCAGAGCUGAAGCACUCCGCAAUGAGAAGUCCUUCUACAAAUUCGUUGUCGGAGACUUCAACGUAAAACUAGGAAAGGCCACAGAAGAGGAAUGCAGGAUUGAAAGAUUUGGACUAGGGGAUCGGAAUGAAAAUGGCAAUCGUCUCGCCGGGCUGUUGUCCGCCGCUCGCCUCUUUCAUGGGAACUCUCUUUUCAUGAAAAAAGAUCAACGUCGGUGGACAUGGGAAUCGCCCAAUGGCGCGAUUCGUGCGGAGAUCGACCACAUACUCACCAACCGGAGGUGGUGUCUACUUGACGUCUCAAUAGUACCAUCCUUUUGUAGUGGUUCUGAUCAUCGUCUCCUUCAUGCGAAAAUACGGCUUAGCCACACGAUGGAAAAGAACAUUUGCUAUCGGCAACGAAGAAGAAAAGAAGUCGUCUACGACGAUUGCGUACUCGAGGACUCCCUAUCCCAAGGUGACUGGCACAUCGAGGAGGACCCAAACGUGGACUACGAGAUGCUGCUCAGAGGAUUACGAGCCUGUGCUGAACGUGCCUCGAAGCCGCGCACGACAAACUUGGAUCGAAUUUCGAAGACCACCAAGGAAUUGUUAGGAAGAAGAAGGGCUUUGACGCUUGAUCCGAAUGCAUCGCACAUUGAGCGGUUAGUAGCAAACACUAGCUGCAGAAAAGCGUUGCAGGUGGAUCUUUUGAAGUACAGGCAGAAGAAGAUUCUAGAAGCAGCACAAAGAAGAACGAGUCUGAAGAAGUGCCGCAGGGAUCUCCGCGAAUAUAAUAUUCCGCUAGCAACCUUGCUGAGCGAAGACGGGACUCGCACGUCUUCUCGUCGUGAGAUGGAAAUCAUUACGGAGAGGUUCUACUCGAACCUUUUCCGUUCAUCAACUCCUGUGUCAAGCCCAAUCAUCCCCACUGGCGAAGCUCCACCACGGAUUCUCCCUUCGGAAGUACGAGUCGCUAUCAAGAGCAUGAAACCUGGCACAGCCCCCGGACCUGAUUUUAUAUCAGCAGACUUUCUUCGGGCUGGUGGCCAUCCGCUUCAUGUAAUCUUAACAGCGCACAUGACAUCCUAUCUUCAGAAAGAAAGGAUCCCAGACCAGUGGAAGACCUCGCGAACCGUUCUUAUCCAUAAGAAAGCCUCAAGAACAAGCUGGAUUCCGCCAGGGGUUCAGCUGCUUGGACCACAUCCAGACGUGUGUAGAGUCAUAGAGGUUUGCCGGGAAUACCGCCUGCCCCUUGUUCUAACCUUCGGCGACUAUGAGAAAGCCUUUAACAGCGUAGAAACGAAUGCAAUACUGUCAGCGCUGGUCGAUCAAGGUGUGGACGCGUAUUAUGUGAGGACAUUAGCCAACUGCUACGAACAAUGCAGGACUAGGAUACAGCUUUUCCACCGCCCUCUCACCAUACCCAUUGGAAAGGGGGUACGACAAGGCGACACUAUGUCGCCAAAGCUGUUUACGGCUGCAUUGCAAUGGAUAAUGAAAUCACUUUCCUGGGAAGAAAGGGGCAUACGUGUUGAUGGAAGAUUUCUCUCGAAGCUUCGUUUCGCGAACGACAUCGUUCACUUUUCGAGCAGUACCAAUGAAGCAGAAACGAUGCUCAACGAAUUGAACGAAGCAGGGAAGAGAAUAGGACUAAGAAUAAACAGAAGGAAGACACGGUUCAUGAAGAACGCCUACUGCGAGGACGGAGGAGUACAACUUGAAGGCUCCCAAAUCGUGGAAACUUCGUCAUACGUAUACCUCGGACGUUCUAUGAACAUGGAAAACGACUUGAAGGAAGAACUGAAUAGAAGAAUGAGAGCAGCAUGGGUAGCAUUCGCAGCCGUCAGGGAAGCCACGGACCAGCUGACGGACCAAGAUCUUCGUGCCCAUCUGUUCGACUCGACAGUUCUUCCAGCGCUCUGUUACGCAGCGGAGACGUGGGUAGACACCGCGGCCACGGCUAGGAAGCUACUUACCACCCACAGAGCCCUUGAGAGAUUUCUUCUGAAGUUUAACCGGCGUACACAACACCUAGCCGGUCUUCGCAACUUCGACUUAAGAGGAAUGUCCCGUCUUCGCGACCCAGCGGAAUAUGUAUCGAAAGCAAAACAUAGAUGGGCCGGUCACAUCAUGAGAAGAAUCGACGAUAGAUGGACUAAAAGAACGCUAGAGUGGAUCCCAAGGGACGCUAAACGCCCCCGAGGAAGACCGCCAACAAGAUGGAGUGACGUGUUCGCUGCACGGAUGGACCAGCUGAGAGCUCAGCUGGAUACGGCUCAAGGACCUCGUCAACGUCACUCACGAAGCUUGAGAACAUCUUGGAUGACAAUAGCGAGGGAACGAAACGAGUGGAAGAGAUGCUGGGGCCCGCACGUCGAGUGA